CUGGGUUUCUAUGCAUGGGACUCUUUUUCUUUCAUUUCCUCCUCUUUCCCCUGUCAACAUGUGCUGCUGCCCUACACGCACACAAACACACGCACGCACGCACGCACACAAACAUAUACACGGUACAGUUAAAAAAAAGAAAAGAAAAAAAAAGCUAAUUUCCUGAACACGCAGAUUUUUUGCACACUGUGGAUUAGGAGUUUCGGUGAAGAUUAGCAUUUUAGAAAACCAGUUAGUCACGUUCUGUUUCUGUGCAUAAAUAUUGUGCCAGCUUUGAAUGCCAUGUGUCUCCCUUUAGGGGAGGGACCUCUGUGCUGACUAAUGUUACCGCUGAUCAUGUGUGAGUCCAGUGUCCCUGACACCAGAAUAAAACUGAAAAAAUACUCAGGCAAACAUGAAGAAUUGUUCCUUUUGAUGGAUUUAUUUAAAUUAUUGAACCAAAUAAGCUCGUCGCAUGUAAUGUAGAUCAUGGAAAUGAAUGAACAACAUGAUUUCUUCUAGAGAGAGUAUGUAUUUGGCCAGCAGGAAGAUCGUUCAUUGUCAGGCGUGUGUGAUGACCGGAUAAACAAAGGUUCCCUGGGAGCUGUUAAAGUUAUCCAUGUGACUGGAGUCCUGAUGUGGCAGAGAGCAUGAAGCAACACUGUGAUAUCAUAGUGGCUGGUCCAUGACACUAAACUCCAUUCACCCCUCUCCACUCUCCAACCGCCCUCUGUUCUCAUCACACCAAACAAGCAAUCACUCACUCUCCCAUCUACACAAAGCGACACAAUGGCCAGCAAGAGGAAAUCCAGUGUACCCUGCAUGAUACCAUCCAAAUCCAAACAUGUUCGUGAGGAAAUCAUCCUGGGCUCGCUACCAGAACUACUACCAACGAUCCCAGAAGACAGCAUACUCAGCAUCUCCGGAGAAGAGUCCGGCCAUUUCCCUCAGAGCUCCUCCAAAUCCGAUUGCGGCAGCAAGGUGCAGAAAGGAGGUACAUACAGCUGUCCAAAGUGCCGUUUUGAGUCCAGAGAUCUAAACUACUUUUUGGACCACAUGCACAAUUGUCACUUAGACUUCAGGGCUCAGCCCACUUUCUACUGCCUGAACUGCGGUAUGUCGGUUGUCCGCUUUGAGGCUCUGGCUCUGCAUAACGCUAAUGCCCACUCUAAGAUAAUGGCGGGGUUAGUCAUCGCCUCCCUUUGUGUCAACAUGAGGGAUGGAGUAACAACAGUGGAGCAAAGCCUCUUCACAGACAGCGGAGAAGUCUACAAAGAAUCUGGGCUCUCCCUCACCAAAACACCGAUUGCAAAGAUAAUGAAAGCCAAGGGGGAACACAAAAAGAUUGUGGUUUCGCACACCGUGGAGGUAAGGAAGAUAGACACCCCAAAGGAUGUAGACCCCAGCGUGAUGACAAAUGUGCCUGAACUCCAAAACGGGGCUCUCCGUCUAUCUGGCGCCCCGGCAAUGCCCAGGACCACUGUCGCUCAAGUGAUUAAAACCACAGUGUCCAAACAAGUCUUUCACCAGCACACUCCCUCCCUCUACUCUCCCCUCUCCUCUGGUUCCAAUAAAGACCUUCCAAAAGUGAUGAUCCCUCUCAGCAGCAUCCCCACCUAUGAUGCCGCCAUGGAUACCAGCAGUUUUCUCAAGACAUCCUUUGGCAAGUUCCCCUACCCGACCAAAGCCGAACUCUGCUACCUAACGGUAGUCUCUGAGUUCCCGGAAGAGCAGAUCAAACUGUGGUUUACUGCCCAAAGGCUCAAGCAGGGCAUAAGCUGGUCUCCUGAAGAGAUUGAAGAAGCCAGGAGGAAGAUGUUCAAUACUGUGUUCCAGGGCGGAGCACCCCAAAAGCAACCUGCUACACCACAGCACGUGAAUCACAUUGUAACCCACCACACUGUCACUGCCCAAGGAGGCUCAAAAGGACCAAACUUUCAGAUGGCCAAAAUUCCCUACGGCACUAUGAAAACCGGACCCGGCGGAGUCACUGCCACGCAGACAAGCGCGUCAACAAACCCACAUGUCACUAGGGUUUCAUAUUCUACUCCGAUAGUCCCCCCAAAGUUUCCUGUUGUUAGAACAACACAGGUACUGACGAAGAAUACUCAACCCACUGUGGAGCCAGACAAGAGCAACGGCCUGCACAUGGCUGGAAGCGGUGGUUGUGUCAGUAGCACCAGCAGCAGUCGAAGCAGCAGUAGCAGCAGCAGUUGCAGUAGUAGCAGCAGCAUUAGCAGCUAUUCCGGCAGUAGUAAUGGUGGUGAGACGGUCCCCACCAAACUGGUGCAGAACAGGAGCCCAACCAACAGUAUCGCCACUUGCUCUGCCGAAACAAGCAAUAACGAUGAGCACUGUGUUGCCAACACCAACGGGAAACCAAACACCCAAAGCAACAGUUUACCAUUCCGAUUGGAAAAUUCAAACUGUACCAAGAAUCAAGUGAACAUCAAUAACACCAGCAAAUCCAACUUCCCCUUUAACAAUCACAAAAGCGGCACCAUCAGUCCACAAGAGCAGGCCCACAUCCCAAAGCCUGACGAUGACCGCACCAACAAUAUUCACCAGACCAACAACGGCAGUAUUAGCAAUGAAUACCCCAAUACUACCUGGAAGGACAAUGCCCUGAACCAUACCAGCAAAUCCCCGACUGAAAGCACCAGCAGUACUGUCAUCACAAAAAGCAACUUGUCUAUUUUAGAUGAGGGUAAAUGCAACAAGGACCUCCCCAUUAAAGGUAUGUCAAUCUUACAGCAACUCAUUAAGGAGGAGGACCCAUUUGCUGUGGACAGAAGCUGCCCAGAGUUGAAAAUAGACUCCAUCAAGAUCAACUUGCAGAGGGCAAAGAUGAAUGAACCAGAUACUACAUCUGAGAAUGUACAUCAAGAUGAAAAGUCUGAGAUAACUGAGGUGUCUCCUUCUCAGCCCACUUUCUCACCCCCCUGGGCCAACAAAACCCCCCAGCAACUGCACAUCCUCCGGCAGGUUUUCUUCAACACCCGCUGGCCCAGCAGUCAGCAGUACGAGGACUUGAGCGUCCAGACUGGCCUUGUGAAGUCAGAGGUGGUGCGCUGGUUCAGCGACAGCCGGUAUAGUCACAAGAAUGGGCACCUGAAGUGGCUGGACAUCUAUCAACGACCGCCCACGGUAACCGAGGAGGUGAAGAGCCACGGAGACGCAAGAGCCGAGACCCCGAAGAACCCCACAGUAGCCACGAAGAAAUUUGUCGAGCAAGACAUGAACAAGCAACUUGAAGGAGAAGCAGAACUGAAAUCAGGGCAGCGGGUUGUGUGGCAGGAUUCAUACUCGCCGCUGCUGGGUCUGAUGGGGUCCGAGGGGAUUGUCGAGCGAGGCCUAGCUGAGGAGCAGGGGCAUCCGGGAGUCCUGGAGGAUCCCUGGUCCGACAGCGCAGAGGAUCACCAGCAGCCAGUGACCAGUCAGUCCCUCAUUGAACAGACUGAUGCCAGGGGCGACUGUGGGGAUCUGAGGAUGGAGCUGCUGGAGGUGUGAUGAAGAAGCAAGCCCAAUGUGACCGGAGGAACAUGACGUUUGAAAAGGCUGCUUUGCUCCCCUGGCCGUCGUCUAUAAAGAGUGUUCAUAAUGACAGCAGAUGUGAUUGUAGCUGGACCGUUGGACUCUGACUGUAACUGUGAAUACCCCCCCCCUCCUCCUCCUCUUCCAUCACUUCCUGCCAUCGUCAAAAGAAAGAACUUCUCGUGUUGUGAUGUUAAAGCCUUUCAUGCUUCUUUGUGGGGAGGGUGCACAAUGAGGUCAGUUUGAGGGAUCCAAGAAAAGAACGAGAAAAAACGCACACUGACUGGGAAACUGACUUGAAUGAGGGGAGAUAAGAUAGAACCGAGAGAUAUUGGCGUUGGGUCAGAGGGAUAUAUAUAUAUAUCUAUAUCUAUAUAUAGAUAUAUAUAUCUAUAUAUAUAUAUAUACAUAACUGCACUAUAGAGGGUUUGUACCAACUGGACAAACAAACGAUGUGUCAAGGAAAUGUUAAUGUUGGCUUUGUGAUAUUUUUUACUUUUUUAGCAACCAGUACUUCAGCACUGCCUUGAAUUUGACUUUUUCCGUUAUUUGGUUUUUCAAUUCUAUUUACUCUUCUAUAGUCACUGUAAGUCCAGAUGCAAUCAAACAUGGUUUAUUUAGAUCUGUAUAAAUGUUGGUGAUCACUUUGCAGCAUAGCUACACACAAGACUAUAUUCAAUGCACUAAUGAA